GAGGGGAGUCUGACCUGUGGCGCACUUCUUAUUUCCUUCUCCGCUUCAGUUCAGCUCGGUCUCGGACUCGCUCCUGGAACAUGUGUCUCCGGGUCCCCCGCGGACCCUCCGUCUCCGGGCCCGGUCACCGCCUGCACCGUCCCGCUGACCCGCUCUAAACCCGCCGCGCUCCGGGGCUCUGAGCUCCGGGAGAGAGAGGGAGACGGAGCGCCGCUAGUAAACUCCGUGACAGGUGAGGGGGCGUCGGCUGUCGGUAUUACUGGAAUUCCUGGGAAAUUCCCCGUGAGGGGCUUUAAUGAACUCGAGGUGUGGAGUAUGAUGAACUCCUCUCAGCGCCCGGGCUGCUGCUCCCACACUUCCCACAGUUCCCACAGAGCCUGGCGGGCUCUUCCCAUCCUCUCCGGGCUUCUCCUGCUGUGGAGCAGAGACACACACGGACUCUCAGACUUCUCCAACUAUUUAUUCAGGAUCAUCAACAGUCACUCAACACGUGCCCGUGACGGAGAGCUCGCCCUGUUGUCAUGCCCGCGCCACUCCACUAUCACCGUGCACGCUGCCUUCUACGGGGGAAAUGGGGCACGCUCUGGACGUGAGGUCAUGUCCAGCUGUUCCUCACGCACAGCCUUACAGAAGAUGCUAUCAGAAUGCCAAGGCCAUAGAAACUGUCAGGUCCUGGUCCAUCAUCAUUUGUUUGGCCGAGACCCAUGCCCUGGAACCCCAAAACACCUUUAUGUGUCUUACAGCUGUAAACCCACGGAGCACAAAAACAGGACAGGAUGUGAAGGAGGUAAGCUGCUGCUUCACUGUAAACAUCCAAAGGUGCUGAACAUCUACUGGGCCAUCUAUGGACGAGAACUUGAGGAGAGAGAUGCUUGUUUGGCUGAGGGAGAACAGACACCUCCCUUUGAGUGUUUAUUUCAUGGGGCUGUAGACGCAGUAAGAAGCUUGUGUUAUGGAAAGCAGCGGUGCCUACUUGCUGUUGAUGAUCAGCAUUUCAGAAACCCAUGCCCUCCUGGGACAAACAAGUACCUCACCGUCCUCUAUUCUUGUGUUCCACAGGUUUUACUCAAAGAAGCUGACCCCGACUUUUUCAAAACUACCUCAGCUCCCCACGACACCACCAAAGCAGGGGACUUUCCAGAUGUGAGAGAUUCCAGACUGCCAAAAAUGCAUGGAAUUCUUGUGAGCAAUUCGCUUAUGGCAUAUGGCUACAUUAAAGAAAACGCAGAGAUGGCCGGCCUGCUCUUCGUCUCCAGCGUAUGUCUGGGUCUGCUCGUUGUUCUGCUGGCCAUCUCCAUGAAGAUAACCUGUACGAGACACCCUGACAGGACAACUUGUCUCCACAAGAAAGCACUUGAAGAAUUGAAAAGUGAUGAUGAUGAUGAUGAUGAUGAUGAUGAUGACGAGGAUGAUGAAAGCACUGACGAAGAUGAUGUUUCUGAACCCUUGAUGGACAGUUCUAUGAUGUCAGAGGUGGGAAGGAAAGUGUACUGUUGGGAAGAGAUGACGUAUACCACUGAAGCUGCAGAGCUGAUGGAGAGGCUGGAACGUCGGGAGAUGGUGAUCGAGGAGAUCAGGUUGAAUGCUUACCUUAAUGGAACCUCCUGUGCUCUUCACUGACUAAAACACACACACACACACCACACACACACACACACACACUGUUCUGUUGUUCAGCUGCCUGUGUAGUUGUCUGUGUAAUUUAUGAAUACAUGUUAAUACAGUUGUAUAAAAAUAUUUGGGACACCCUGUAUUUAUAUUUAUAUUUAUUUAUUUUAUUAUUUUUUUAAUUUUUAAAAAUUAGACGGCCAAUUACCCAACUCACUCAUUAGGACUUCCCCUAUCACUAGUAAUGCCCCAGGCUACAAAGCUGAUUCACACAGCCUCUCUCCCGCUAAUCGUAAUAAACACUGCUGGGAAAGGUUCAGCUGCGCUACCAUGGAGAACAAAACUCAGCACAAACUAUGUGUGAUAAAAUCAGCGGAACAUAAACACAGCAAACAUCAUGAGGCAUUUCUCUCACCACCAAGACUUUCAUAAAGGUAAACUCUAUUAGUGAAAGCAGGUUAAGCACAUAAUGUAGCGCAGCUCAGCUAACUAACUUGUUAGCUAACCUAGGCAGUUUGAUAUGUCUCCAGUUUGGUUCAGCGUUGUUUAAUGUCUAAAAGGGAUCUAUGUAAUCCAUGAUCAUUAGCAAAAAGGUAUUUAGGUUAUAUUUGCCUCAAUCGCCAGUUAACAUCGCGCCGACAGACGCAUUUCAUACAGCGUUAAGUGAAUUUAAUAUACUAUUAAUUUAGGCGUUAAUACGCCUAAGUAGCAAGGGUGUCAAAAGUAUUCACAAAGUGUUCACAUGCUGCUGAUGCUGUAGCAUUGCCGAGCAGCAUCACAGCGCUAACGCUCGGAGGAAAGCGCAGCGACUCGGUUCCGAUACAUCAGCUCACAGACGCCCUGUGCUGCAGACAUCACCCUAGGAGUCAUGUGGAGAGAGAGCGCCAUCUACCCACCCGGAGGGAGCAGGGCCAAUUGUGCUCCCUCUGAGCGCCGGCAGCUUGAUGGUAAAACUGCAUGAGCGGGGGUUCAAACCUGCGACCUCCUGCUCAUAGUGGCAGCACUUUGGACCUCUGGACCACUCUGCGCCCCUUAUUUAAUAUUUUUAAUAAAAGAAAAGCAUUGCAGCAAGCGAUGCUGCACAUUCAACACUCCUUAACCAACUAAAUCUUUCUGCAUGUCCUAUUCUUUAAUAUACAGUGUUUGCUUUGCCUUUGCUCGGCUUCCCCAGUUCCCCUUAAUUUUUACUUAUUAGUGACAUUCACAAACGUGUCAAAUAUGUCGUAUAUCUUAAUAACCUUUUUCUGAUCGAGAUUAUCAUAGGAGAUCAUAAUUAUAGGAGAGCAAGAAGAGUCAAACUUUAUUCAUGCCCUGAUCAAUUUGCCUCAUACCUGUCAAGUUUUAGAUUUAAAAAUAAGGGAUAUUUUCCUCUGUCCGCUUAAAGCCGUCCCACCAGCCCAACGAAGGUUCAGUACCCCUUACAUUUUAAGACAGGUUUACAAAAAAAUUAAAAAUAACCACAUGUGAACCACUUACACACUACAAUUAGAUUAUCAGAAUCUGAAAUG